UAAUGGUAUUGUCCAAGUCAAAAUGGCAGCGACCUGGCGAGGUGAAACAGGGUGAGAUGAAUGUUGCAGAAAUUCUCAGAAAAGCUGAGGUGCUGAAAGCUGAUGUGGCAGAUGGGCGGAUGGGUCCAGCGGAAGCCUGGACGUCCAGGCAGACCCUACAGGACCUGUACCAGCAGGCCCUGGUCACUGACCUGGAGUACGCUCUGGACAAGAAGGUGGAACAGGACCUGUGGAACCAUGCAUUCAAGAACCAGAUAACUGCCAUGCAGAUGCAGACCAAGGAUAAAACUAACCCCAGUAGACGAGACAUCCAGGCCAGUCUAGCUGUGUUCCUGGAGGGAGCCAGCGGGUUCUAUCUGCAGCUGCUGCAGGAGCUCUGCUCUGCGUUUGACCUGGACUUACCCUUCAGGCCAAAGUCUUCCAACUAUGGCAUCAUGGGAGAGCCAAGUCCCUGGCACAAGAUCCUGCCCCCCCAGCCCAGCUCCUGCCUGUACAUCUGUCAGCACUGCCUGGUGCAUCUGGGAGACAUCGCUCGCUACAGGAACCAGCUGAGUCAGGCAGAGUCCUUCUACAGACAUGCCGCUCAACUUGUACCUUAUAAUGGUCAGCCCUACAACCAGAUGGCUAUCCUGGCUGCGUCGCGUGCGGAGCAGCUGCCGAUGGUCUUCUACUACUGCCGCAGCAUUGCAGUCAAGCAUCCUUUUCCUGCUGCAGCCACUAACCUCAACAAGACCUUCUCCAAACUGGCCGAUGGAGAAAAUGAGUUGAAGACCCACAAGUUGUCGUCCCAUGAGGUUGUCCUGUAUUUCCUGAGGUUCCAUGCACACAUCUACCUGAGCAAAGAUCUGCCCUUUGCUGCUAAAAUCAAAGACUUGCUGAUCAGUCAGUUCAGGACCCACUUGUAUCAAGAGGCGUUCACGUUACGGGAGCUUGUGUACAUGGUGGCGAUCAACCUGUUCUCUCUGCACCACGUGCGAGACUGCACCACCGACAAGGACAUCGACACGGCUGCGUACAGCGAUGACGAGAUGGUGGGCUGGAACCUGGCGCUGGGCAUGUCAAUGUCCUUACUGAGCCUGAUGUUACACUACAUCCCCACCAAGUCUGACCAGUCAGCUCAGGACUCCCCAUGUCUGGCUGCAGUCAAAGUCACCCUGGACUGGCUCACUCACAGACCCAACCUCUUUGAGGAAGAAACAAUAAUGGAUAAACCCUUCAUAUGGCCAAAGCUUGCAAGAGUUUUGAACUGUAUCCAGUUGAAAGAAAGGAUCAACAAUCCAGCAAAUCGCCCCUUACCUGAGGACUUUGAACUGCAAGGAUUCUUGCCAUUGGUUAAAGCACACAGGCCUUUGGACUUUAGCAAAGGGCAGAGUUCCAUUCUGGAGCCAGGUGAGGUGCAGGUGCAGUACAGGUGCCAGCGGCUGUGUGACAUUGGCACCUGGAUCACUGACAACAAGCCCAGUUUGCUGAAGAAACAAGGAAAACCAGGUGUACAGACUGUCAAGUUUACAAGUCCCUUAAAAGAGGAGGCCAGAGACGACAAGGGAAGAGGCAAGUCUGAGGAAGGAGAAGGAGAGGAGUUGGCUCCAUCCUGGUCAGGAGAGGGGGAGGGGGGCAUGAAGGAGGUCCUGUCUGAGGAAGGGCUGAAGUCUGUGGGGAUCCAGGCUGUCAUCAGCAGGGACAACAGGUCGCCUGAGGUCAACCAGGGAGAGGGACAACAGCAGGUCCGCCAACACCAGCCAGCGAUUGCCCCCCAGACUGUACCCCUGCAUCAUCCAUUCCAAGUACAACAUCAGGAACAUCUCCACCAGCAACAGCUGCAGCUCUUACAGCAACAGCAGAGACUGCAGCAGCUACAGCAGCAACAGCAAGGUCUGCCCAGCCCCCCUGUUGCGGCUGUUCCUCCAAGGUCGACCCAGGACAGCACUCAGUACCCCUUGCUGCCCACUGGGAGCGUUUCACUGGAAAUGCUGGCAUUGCCCCCCUUCAUCGGGCUUCAACAACAGUUGAUCAAAUCAUCAGGCACCUUUCCUGGUGUGCCAGGACAGCUUCCCGAACUCCCGCACCAGUUCAGUCUACCAAUCAACACGUCAGGAAUGGAACAGUCUGAUCUGAGGGGCCCCAAUGCAGACAGCCUGCCGAUGCCUGGUUUUUCAGGCACCAGCAAGUUAAACCAAGGACAGGCCCCUAAGGGCAGCGGCCAUCAGUAUGUUUCUCCCUUCUCAGGCCCAGCAGGCACUACUUCUGGCUUGCAAGGCCUGCUGUCAGAAGGGCUGGAGACCUACUCCCCGGCCGUGUCCACGUCCUGGCCUGAACCAGGCAGACCCAGGGGCCUUCCCGCCGAGGGGCUGUCCAGAGCGGUGGGUUCCCCGGUGCCUGCCUCGGGUGGACAGACACAUCACAAUCCGCUGUACAAGGAGGACCGUGCAGAUGAAGGCUUCCCCGGGGUGGGGGUGCCGGCGUUCAACACCGCCCCUGGGGCCAACCUGAAGCCCCAGCAGCAGCAGGGCCGCGAGCCGAGACGGUCACCAGUAGACACCUUCCCUUCGUCCAGGAUUGCCAUGGCAUUCCCAGCACUGUCUAAGGGGAAGUCAUCUGUUCCAUCUAGUGCACCAUCCUUUGAUGACUAUUCUCGGCCCGAGGCCUCCCCUGAUCAGGCUGUGUUCACAGACUACAGCCCCAGCCUGCUCCCUCCCCAGUCUACAGGCAGUGGGUCGUACUCCCUCUUCCAGUCCUCCUGGUCAACCCCCAUCACCAGCAGUACUGGACAGUCCCUCACUGACAGAGGCCCGUACUCCUCUAGUCAGCUGUUGUCUGACUCCUUCUCCUCAGCGAGUGAGACGAGUUUCUCCCAGGCCUUCAGGGACACCUUACACCUGGAGGGGAACCUGGGCAGCCAGUACCUGCCUCAGGAGGCCGAGGGGUUCCCCGACCGGUAUGAACCGGAUUCCAGUCAUUCGCAGGACAGGGGCGGCUUCAGCGGUCAGGGGAGAGGGGAGUUCCAUGGGUCAGCAUUCCCAGGAACAGAGAGUAGUCACUUGAGUCAGCUGGGGACCAACAUCGGGCUGGGGUUCAGCAGUUCUGGCAGCUCCUGGCCACCUCCCUCCACAUCUACCACAGACACUGGCAAUACUGGCUACUUCUCCAGUGAUCUACAGUCUAUCUGGUCCAGCACGCCUGCCAGCUCAGGUCAGUCAGCCCUGGAACAACUCCUGCAGCAGCAGAAACAACAGCGAGACAACACCCCACCCUGAACCCACGGCUCACACACACAACCUCAACUACUUCCCAACCACACUCAGAGAUGGACCACCGGACGACGUGUCCAACUUGAAAGCAAAAAAGCGAGCGUUUGCCAGCGUGUGUGUGUUGGUAACAGGCCGGGAGCAUCGCCCUGUAGUAGGGACCAGCCCAGGUCCCGGGAAAAGCUUUCACAUAGGGCACAUGACCUAGUAGAUGCUCCGUCUCUUCAAGAUUCAGCCAUGUCUAGAGUAAUAAAAGCACCUGGUGCCAGUUCUAGCAUAGUAGCACUGAAGGGGUCUGACUACCGGUGUGGUGGCUGCUUGAACGGGCUGAGAAAUAGCUGCCCAAUGGCCUGAAGAUAAAGUUAAAGUCUACACAGUGCUGAGAUUAUAAACGUAUGUUCUCAGAGCGUCUAUUCUCCUGGAGCAAAGUUUUCAGUUUGAGGAGGGGCAAAAUGUCUCUACAUCAUCCUGCAAAGAAGAGGCUUUGUUAAGGGAAGUGCUGGCUUAAGGUACAAAUGUACAUGUCGUGCUGAGCUAGAAAGAAAGAAGCAUCAAAAAUUGUUUGUCAAGAAUGGUCAGGUUUAGCAUAUGAUAUUUGAUUAUGGACACCAUUCUGUCAGUUCUGGUGUUUUGAACUGAUUCCUGCUCAUUUGCUUGUGUACUCUACAAAACAUGCUAAGAUGUAAUGUCCUGUGUUUCAAUAAGGUACACUAAGAUUAAACACUAUGUAGGCAGCUCUUCAUUCAAAAGGAAAGAGGAGCUUUCCUGGGCUGUUGGUUAUCCAUGCAUAGGAUUGCCAUAACUACGUACUGAUGUUGUGGUGUCUUAUUUAGUGGCAUACCGUAAGAAGUUUAGCACCAAGACUUGGGACAUACUGCAGUGCACUUGAUUAGGCUCCUGACCUCUGCAUAGACAAAAUUUCAAGAUUUCCAAAGUCAAGAAUAUCAUUAGUGUACUGCUGCAAUUUAAGUCAUUAGUGAAUCAGAUGAAUGUACUGUUAUACAAUAUGGUAGUUGCUUUGGUAGGAGCAGUUUUGUGUGUCUUAGGGUGAAUGAUAUCAAUAGUUGUACCUCCCAACAUGCUGAUCACACAAUAUGGUGCACUGUGAGUCAAGUGUGCCCAUUGCCACUAUUAGGGUUUCAUUCAAAUCUAGUAUAAGAAUGACAUUUGGAAUGCAUUGAGGUAAAUACAUGUUCUUCUAACCAUAUGGUAGCCCAUACCAAUCACAGGUGGGGGGAUAUAAGACUUCAGUAAUUGUUUUAGAAGAGAGGUGAGAACAAGGUGCUGUCCUUGGUCUACACUCAUAUUGAGAAGUACAGCAGACUCAGUCCCUUAUACAUAUUAUGUAUGUCCAGUUACUUGGCCGCUUUGACCCUUCUUUCAUUGCAUGAAAGGAAUAGAACUACAAGUUUUACCUAUCUUGUCCUGUGGUACAAGUAAGCAGGGAAACCAACUGUGAAACUCAUGUUCCCACCUCUCCAUAUAUGUAUCUUGAUCUACACAAAUGUUAGAAAGUAAGGCCAUACAGAGUUGAUUUUGUGGAAGACAGACAUCUGAUCUGCAUCAGCAUUGGUUUCUGCCUUCACAUAGGAGUGUCUGGUACGAUCAGGACGAUCAGAGCCAUACUCAUUAGCAUGUGUGAGCCCAUAGAAAAUAUACUGCAAAAUCAGAGAGAAUACAUGAUUGUCUGUGCUCAUUUCAAUGAAAGAGAUGAAUGAGCAUGUACAUGUACAGCCAUUUCAGUUUCUUUUUCGAUUAUUUAAUUCUGAAUGAUGUCAACAAAAUCUAAAUU